AUGGUGUCCCAUGUUCUAGCUUUGUCUGAUGACGAGCUCGGUGAUCCACCUUGUCCUGGGCUGGUGCCUGUGAAACCAGGUGCAGCGCUUGCUGUUGCGCCUGUUGUUGACCGAAAGCGGAAACGCAAUGAUGUAGAUGUGGCGCUGCUUGAAAGCCAGGUCAGGCAAAGGCUCCGGCACAUUGUGGACAGUAGCUGCAUUUGCUCCAGGAAAUCAAAGACUAAACCUGGCGCUCGGAAUUGCUUCGUGCCUUUCCGUGAGAAGUCUUUGUUUCAGGCGGUGCUUGCUUGUCGAUUGGAAUUGCGAAAGAUGAACAAGGAGGAUUCCGACAGAAAGGCAUUUCACAUCUUGGGGCAACGUGACCCGCUGACAGACCCAGCAGCUGAUGAGCAGAAACCACCCAAAGGGCUUCGUUUCUUCCGCCAACAGGUGUGCUUUGGUGGCCUGGCCAAGCUUCUUGGCCUUGGCUCUGGCAGAGCCCGUCGAUUGCGGAGCGCAGCUCUCAAACGUGAGGAUUGUCCGCUAGAUGGGCGGUUAGCAAAGACUCGCCCACAUGGAAAGAUUGGUUUGGCAAGUUACAAGAGAGGCCUGAUAUUUGAUUUUUUGACCAAGAUCUACCUCAAACAUUCAGAGCCGGCUCCGGAAUGCAACUCUGCCAGUAAGCAGCCUGAAGAGAAGGUCCUGCAGUUUCGCCGUGCUUGUCGGAGAGGGAAACGACCACGCAGGGAGCAGAAGAAGGACCGUUCUGAAUGGAACCCCGAUGCUGCUGAGCUUCGGAUGUUGCCACCUGGCACCUACAAAGACUACUUGCGUUUGUUCCACUCCGACCACCCAGACACGUCAGUGUCAUUCAAGCUGUUUACACGAGUGUGGGAGGAAUCCUUUAGCCACCUGCGCAUCAGACAAGCUGGAAGCCAAGCCACCUGCACGACGUGCCUGAAACACAAGGCCAUAAUGAAGCGGCUCAGCUCCAACCAAGCAGCGUUGAUGGGGCAAGCGCAGCUCUGGGGAGCUCAUAUGAAGAAGCAAUUCAGCGACCGGGAGGUCUACUGGAACCACCGUGCCAUCUCCCGCCUUGGAUGUGAUGCGGCCGGCUUGCCAAGCCUGACCCUGAUUGUGGACAGUAUGGACCAUGCUAAGUGGUCUGUGCCUCGAACUGCAGUGAUGGCUGCUAAGCAGUUCAACAGCGUGGUGAGACCCCACCUUGAGUGUUGCACUGUAAUUUGCCACGGGCACCUCCUGUGCAUUGCGUUCGCAGAGCACCACAUCAUCAAAGGGGCUGACUUCACGUGCGAGCUUCUGUGCUUUGUAUUUCACAUGUUGACGCAGGCCGGCUUGGAUUUAAGGACCUAUGAGGUCUGCGUCCAAAGCGACAAUUGCUCAAAGGAGACAAAAAACAACAGCGUAUGCCGGCUUUUGAGCUACCUCACCAGCAGGAGGGCAAUCAGAUGUGCCCGCAUGCAUCACUGCAUGACAGGGCACAGUCACGAGGACAUCGACGCCUUUUUCAGCCUUCUAGCGUCGUUUCUUGCUACGAAGCAUGAGCUUCAUUGCCCUCAGCAGUUCAUGGCAGCGUUGGACGAGUACUUGAGCAACGAUUCAGUUCGACCACUUGAAAAGCAGCGAUCAGUGUUGAAAGUGGAGGCUGUCCGGGACUGGAUUCUGUGA